CAGACUCGGAUCAGUUGCGUUUCCACACAAGAUAUGAAAGAAAGGUGCUUUAACUCGGCAUCUUGAAUUGCUGCAAUUUGGUUUAUUAUAAUUAGACCUAUAAUGGUAAUCUGUUAAAAGAAAGCUAGCAGUGAUCAUGUGAUGAAUGAUGCCUAUAUAAGUCGAAACAAAGAUCUAAUAACGAGUAGUUGCAGAAAGUUACUAGGGAGAAAACUUCAUUAUGUACGAUUCUCGGGCUAUUAAGUGCUCCUACAUAAGCUCAGGAGCGAUUCAGGUACGGUGCAAAGGACCCAAUGAUCUAGGACCUGAGUGGAUUCCUUUGAAGGAGGAUUGGAGCAAUAUCUGGUGCACUUUGUCCGAGGAAUAUAGGCUUGACUUUGCGAAUCGGAUCUGGGACUUUAAAACGCGCGAUACCGAUGUAUUUUUGGUGUCAUCUGCGAAGACAGGGUCAACUUGGAUGCUGGAGCUGACCUGGCUUUUGUUAAAUAGUCUUGAUUAUCAGAAAGCUCAGCAAAGUCAUGGUAUGAUGCGCAGUCCCUAUCUUGAGUGAGUACUUCAAAAAUCAGUUAAAUAUUUGGUCAUUUACUGCCUUUGUUAUCGCUUCCCUUGAAUUCAGGCAUUCUGGAGUUGACGCUGAGUGGAAAGCCGAUUCUAUAGAUGCUUGUGAUAAAAUGCCAGACAAUCCUAGGCUGAUCAAGUCCCAUUUACCAGCGCAGCUGCUGCCCCGAGAAAUUUGGACUCAUGGGCGUAAAACUAUAUAUGUGGCUCGCAACCCGAAAGACGUCUUAGUAUCCACAUAUCACUUCUUUACUGACAUAAAGUAUUCUAAGUGUAGUAUUGACGAAUUCGUAAAUGACUUCAUCGCCGAUAAGACUCCAUUUGCCACGUACUGAGCGCACAUGAUAGCCUUUUACAGGAUGCGCAACGAGAAGAACAUUUUCUUUGUAACCUACGAGGAGAUGAAAAGAGACCUCAAGGAUGUGGUAAGGAGACUUUCGCGUUUUUUGGAAUGCAAUGAUUUGAGCAAGAGCGAAAUGGAAAAACUAUUGAACCACCUAAGUUUUAAGAGCAUGAAAGAAAGCCAUUUUGGAAACCACAAACAUUUUAUAAAGAGUUUUCGUGAAACUUCCGAUAAUUUUGAAUUUCUUCGUCGUGGUAUUAUUGGCUCAUACAAAGACGAGCUGAGUUCUGAAAACGCUGAAAAAAUUAAUAACAAGUCACGCAUCUUUUUCGAGAAAUAUGGAAUCAGAGAAUCGGAUAUAUUUGGUGUUGUGUAGUUUGAAGAAAUCAUUUCAUUUACGCAAGCAAAAAUAAAAUUGACAAAUUAAUAAUGCACAGUCAUAAGGAUGAAGCUCUUGAAAUAAUUUGUAAGGUUUUAGUUUUU